UUCGUAUCCAAUGAUGAAAUUGAGCACAACGCCAUUAAUGAAGAGAAGUAGGGCUCUCCACUUCCUCUGUUACCUCUCCUUGGUCGGUGAGGAAUUCGAGGAAGAGAACUCGAGGCAGGGAAGGAGAUGAGCUUGCAGAUGGAGGAAUCGGCGAGAGAUGCCAAAGAGCUGAACAGGAAGAAUGCGGAGGGGACGACGGUGGUGGUCGGAGUAAAGUUGGACGACGGAAGCAGAGAGCUAUUGACAUGGUCUCUCGUGAAUGUGGCUCAAGCUGGUGAUCGCGUCAUUGCGCUGCAUGUUCUCCCCGCUGAGGUGCCGGAUUCUGAUGGUGAGCCCUCGUCUUUGAUCUCCAUUGUGAACGCAUUAAACGCCAUGAUCGCCGUCUACGAGGUUUUCUGUAACCUGAAGCAGAUCGAUCUCAAGCUAAAGAUAGGUCGAGGUUCUUCUAUUCGGAGGGUUUUGGCUCAGGAGGCGAGUUUGGCGUCGGCCUCCAAACUCAUUGUUGGGGUUUCCAAGUUAACCAGCCAGGGGUUAAGUUAUUUUUCUAUCUCCGUUGCCAAAUACUGCUCGAAGAAACUUUCUAGUGGUUGCUUGGUGCUGGCAGUGAACAAUGGGAAGAUAAUUUUCCAGGAAGAAGCGGCAGGAGACAGAAGCAUAGAUGACCUUUCCAUUGGAACAUAUUAUGCGAGGCCUUGUAAGAUCAAUAAGCAAGCUAGAAAGGAUGCAGAGCUUGCAAGCCGUUCCUUUCAUUGCCUGCCAGCAGCUUCCAACUCUAGAUUGAGCUGUGACAGACUCAACAGCUAUGCUGCUAAAUUGUCAUUGAGAUUCAAUUUGUCGAAGAAUGAGAAUUGUGCCCCUCAUGAUUCUCUAUCUGAACCCCUGUGCUCUCCUGUUUCCAGCGCGAUGUUUCAGACCUCAUCUGAACUUGGGGAGGGGUCUUUUAAUGAAAUUCCAAUGAAGGGCCAUGAGAGACCUUUGGGUUGUGUAGCUAUGCUGAUUUCUGAAUUGUCUCAAAGAAGACAUGGAUGGUCUAUAUUUCGCCGAUGUUUUUUGAGCUAUAAAAAGGAUUCUUCGCAAGUUAAGCAAAAGGCUUCUGCAGUUCAAUUGGCUAUGCAGCUUCCUUGUUGGUAUUCAAUAUCGUCGCUUGUUCAUCCUGAUCACAAGCAGACCAAGUCUGAUGAAGUUGCCGGUUGUAAUGGAGUAACAUCUCUGAUUCCCUCUUUUGAGGUUGAUGAUGAAGCAAAGGAUAUGCCCAAUGAAUUGCUGUCUCUUCAGGAGAAGUAUUCAUCUGCCUGCAGGCUGUUCAGCUUCAAGGAACUCGAACAGGCAACAUUGAACUUCUCUCCUGAGAAUAUCAUUGGUAAGGGAGGCAAUAGCCGGGUCUAUAAAGGGCGCCUUUUUAAUAACAAAGAGCUUGCAGUGAAAGUACUGGAACCCUCAGAUGAUGUGAUGAAGAAUUUCAUUUCAGAAAUUGAGAUUAUGUCAAAAUUGCACCAUAAGAACAUCAUCUCCCUUACUGGAUUUUGCUUUGAGAACAAGAGUUUUGUGUUGGUCUAUGAUUUCCUAUCAAGGGGUUGCUUAGAAGACAAUCUUCAUGGCAACAAUGGAGGAAAAAAUAGUCCUGGCUGGGCUGAAAGAUAUAAGAUUGCAGUUGGGGUGGCAGAAGCAUUGGAGUACUUGCAUCAAAGCAGCAGCUUGCAACCUGUGAUCCACCGUGAUGUGAAAUCCUCAAAUAUCCUCUUAUCUGAUGAUUUUGAGCCGCAGCUAUCUGAUUUUGGACUAGCUCGAUUGGCAUCAACUUGCAGAAAGAACACUACUAGGAGUGAUUUGGAAGGGACAUUUGGGUAUCUUGCACCUGAAUGCUUUGCUUAUGGUGAAGUAGAUGAAAAGGUUGAUGUCUAUGCUUUCGGGGUUGUUCUUCUUGAGCUUCUCUCAGGAAGAAAGCCAGUAUGCACUGAUGGUCCGAAGGGCGAGGAGAGCUUGGUUCUGUGGGCAAAGCCUAUACUGCGCGCUUGGAAACUUCAGCAAAUGCUAGAUCCAUGUUUGGGUGAAAGUUACAACGCAGAUGAGAUGGAAAGGAUGUGCCUUGCUGCUUCCCUUUGCAUCAGACAAGCACCGGGAUUUCGGCCUAGCAUAGCGCUUGUUUUGAAGCUAAUUAAAGGUGAUGAAGAAACUGCGAAAAAUUUGGGGUUAGGUACUUCAAUGUUGUUUGAUGAUAUGGAGGAUGAGGCAACAAUUAAGAAUUUUAACAUCCAAUCCCACAUUAACUUAGCUUUUCUUGACGUGGAUGACGAUGUUGCACUUUCCAUGAGCAGCAAAACCGAUUCGUUUGAUUUCACAACCUCAAGCAUGUCCUUGGAGGAGUACUUGAAAGAGAGAUGGAGCCGUUCCUCAAGCUUCAAAUGAAUUCAAAUGUGUGGCCUGAGCUUGUGCAGCUCUGUAUUCAAUUAUAAUGAGCGUGAGGAAGAGAGGUGGUUUGAUAUUGCCAUGAAAAGAUUCAUGGAUCUCCUCUAAUUCUUCAUGGCGAGUAAAUAAAGGAAGCGGAAGACUGGUUUGUUGCUGAAAAGCUGCUGAGGCUUCAUCUUCUAUUUGGAUAGUUCGAAGUGGCAGAACUCAGAGCAUUUACAUCACGGUUGGAGGGUCAGCUUGUUGGUCCGACCUGACCAACUAUAACUUGAUCCAUUUGAUUCUUCAUUGGAUUAGCAUUCUGAACUGGAAGACGGUAGAAGAACCUGACUGAUCUGAAGCGUAGCCAAUCUGCCAGAUUAACAUAGGUGCAUACAGGUUCAGAAUGGGGGAGUUUGAGUGAAAAGGUAGAAAGAAGGAAAAGGAGGGGCAGCAAAUAUGCUGGACCCCCCUCACUUCAUGUAACAAAUAAAUAUUGUGGAAAAAAAGAGUGGUUUCUAGAAAUUUCACUUGAUUGUAUUUUUGAUGCACUGUUUGUAUUAGAAAUUUUCAAAAUUAAA